UUUUACCAUCCAGACCAGAGUCAGGCCACAGACGGACAUGGCUGCUCAAGGCUGGUCCAUGCUCCUGCUGGCUGUCCUUAACCUAGGCAUCUUCGUCCGUCCCUGUGACACUCAAGAGCUACGAUGUCUGUGUAUUCAGGAACACUCUGAAUUCAUUCCUCUCAAACUCAUUAAAAAUAUAAUGGUGAUAUUCGAGACCAUUUACUGCAACAGAAAGGAAGUGAUAGCAGUCCCAAAAAAUGGGAGUAUGAUUUGUUUGGAUCCUGAUGCUCCAUGGGUGAAGGCUACUGUUGGCCCAAUUACUAACAGGUUCCUACCUGAGGACCUCAAACAAAAGGAAUUUCCACCGGCAAUGAAGCUUCUGUAUAGUGUUGAGCAUGAAAAGCCUCUAUAUCUUUCAUUUGGGAGACCUGAGAACAAGAGAAUAUUUCCCUUUCCAAUUCGGGAGACCUCUAGACACUUUGCUGAUUUAGCUCACAACAGUGAUAGGAAUUUUCUACGGGACUCCAGUGAAGUCAGCUUGACAGGCAGUGAUGCCUAAAAGCCACUCAUGAGGCAAAGAGUUUCAAGGAAGCUCUCCUCCUGGAGUUUUGGCGUUCUCAUUCUUAUACUCUAUUCCCGCGUUAGUCUGGUGUAUGGAUCUAUGAGCUCUCUUUUAAUAUUUUAUUAUAAAUGUUUUAUUUACUUAACUUCCUAGUGAAUGUUCACAGGUGACUGCUCCCCCAUCCCCAUUUCUUGAUAUUACAUAUAAUGGCAUCAUAUACCCCUUUAUUGACUGACAAACUACUCAGAUUGCUUAACAUUUUGUGCUUCAAAGUCUUAUCCCACUCCACUAUGGGCUGUUACAGAGUGCAUCUCGGUGUAGAGCAAGGCUCCUUGUCUUCAGUGCCCCAGGGUGAAAUACUUCUUUGAAAAAUUUUCAUUCAUCAGAAAAUCUGAAAUAAAAAUAUGUCUUAAUUGAGACUCAGUGGGAUAUGCAUGUAAUACCAGCACUUGGGAAGUUAACGCAAGAAGAUCAUGAAUUCAAGGCUAGCCUGGAGUACAUAGUCAGUUACAGACUAACUUGGGCUAUAGGGACACUGUGCUUCAAACACACACACACACACACACACACACACACACACACACACACACACACACACACCAGUGGUGGAUGGGUAGAUGAGGUGAUAUCAAUUGUAUAGCAUAAAUAUUUUAAAAUUUAAAAUGUACUUUUCAGGUUUUUAGUUUGCAUUUGUGUGUGUAUGUGUGUCUGUUUGUGUGUGUGAAUAUGUAUGUGCAAAACUUCAGGUGUCAGUUCUCAAUUCCCACCUUGAGGCAAGAUCCCUCUGUUGUUUUUACACCAAGAAUGUCAGGCUAGGUGGCCAUGACAUCUCAGGGAGCCUCCUGUCACUGUAGGAACACUGGGGUUACAGAUAUAUUUGCUUUUGGCUUUGCGUUGAUUCUGGGAACUCAAACCUUGGUCUUCCUGCUUGAAUGGCUUGAAUACUAGUCAUAUUUCCAAACCAAUCACUUUUUAGUAAAUUUUUAAUUGAGAAAACCUUGUAGAUAACAUUUGUCAAGAUUAUAGGCAAACGAAAAUGUGGAUGGGAACAACGAUAGGAAAUCAAGGCUUUCCACAUUUGAGGACGAUAAUCAGGACACCGCUGCAGACAAGUGAGGUGCAGAGAGACAGAGAUACCGCCACGUUCUGACCACUUAGCUUCUUCCUGACAGAAAUUUGGCAUAUAUAACACCAAUAAAUAUUAAAUAACCAAACAUCCACUUUCUGCUUGUCAUUUCAGAUGAAAGAGUGUGUUACAAGAUGAAUGAUAUUACCUUGGAGCCAAGGCAAGAACACUGUGUCCAAAGAGGACUGUGUGUAGGCUUUCUCUAGCCAACUCUUUUGUGUUUGCCUUUUUCUGUGAACCGGAUGCCUCUCCAUUUCCUGCUUAGUCUUUCUGCUUUGCUGUUCUGCAUGGACAGUCAUCCACCCAUUUUUAGUUUUGAAAGAGGUGUUACUGAUCAUGUUGCUUUGUUUGUACACAUUGGUUCAACUACCUAUAGCUCAGAGCCUCUUUCCCCAUGGCUCAAGUGAGGCCGUUCUGUGGUCUGUCAUUGCAGAAUAAAGAAAUAGAUUAUAGUGAU